AUGACACUUCAAUGGACAAUUGUGGCCGGCGUGCUUUAUGCGGAAAUCGCCGCCACAUUCAUCCUGCUCCUUCCAUGGAUUCGACCAACGUUAUGGAGCAAACUCUUCAAAUCACGUCUCUUCACUGCGCUCUCAAAACACGCGCACAUCUACUCGAUGACGUUCGGCUUCGUCCUGUUCAUCCUGUUCGCCGACGGUGUCCGUGAGACGAUGAAAUACAACGGACUCGAAGACAAAAUGCAACGAACCGCCGAAUCGGACGCCACCCAUCACAUGCGUCUCUUCCGCGCUCAGAGAAAUCUCUACAUCUCGGGAUUCUCGUUGCUCCUCUGGAUGGUCAUUCAACGUAUUAUGACCCUUUUGAGCCGCGCCGCUCAACUCGAAGCCGCCAGUGAGGCCGCCAUGAGACAAGCCGAGUCCGCAUCCAAGACCGCCAGAACUUUGAUGAAUGCGACAGAGACCAGUGACGAGGUUGCCGACUUGAACAAACAGAUCGAGAAGCUCCGUGGCGAGCUGAAAUCCGCCAACACUGAUCGUGACACCCUCAAGAAGCAGUCGGAGGGACUUCAACGCGAAUUCGAUCGUGUCUCGGACCUUCUCGCCGCCAACGACUCCAAGGGUGACAAGAAGAAGGAUUAG